AUGUGUCAUUGGAUGCGUCGGCGACGUGGAAAGGAAUUCAGGCACCAGCGGAUCCUCUGUUCCGUGCAGUGCAGUAAACUGCCCAGAGAAGGCAAUGAGGAGGUUGACACUCUUUGCUACAAACCACUCCCGAUGCUGUCAAAACACUUGUUAUGGCGUAGUGAGUCGCCAUCAGAAGUGUCAUACAUGCUUCAGCGACGUGGUUGCGGUAGAGAAAAAGCUCUGUGCUGGGACGUUCAGCGUCAUUGGGCAACUAAGCGAUAA